AUGGCUGACGCAAAGUCGAAAGCUGAUGGUCUCAUUCACGACAACGCCGUGAUGAUAUUCUCGAAGACCUGGUGUUCUCACUGUGCACAUAGCAAGAAGAUCCUGACCGCGAAGCAAAAGGAAUACGAGGCCAAGGGUACUCCAUUCAGCCUUGAUGUAUACGAGUUGGAUCAAGCAUCUGAUGGCGAUGAUAUCCAAGACUUCCUCAAGGAGAAGACAAGCAAGAGAACGGUCCCUCGUAUCUUCGUUGCAGAGAAAGAAUUGGGCGGGAGAGAUAAUCUGGAUGAGGUGGUGGCCACCAAGGGACCGAAAGGCUUUGACGAGUAUUGGCUGAAGAACGCUGUACAUUACACUGCCACAGGGACCACCUUACCCGGAUUUUUGUCAGAGUCGGAAGCUUGA